GCGGGGCGGGGGCGGGAGUUACUGCGGCACCGCCCGGGAAGCUUCGAGUGCCACAUCCUCUCGCCGCCGCUGGUCCUGCCGCCGCCGCCGCUGGUCCUGCUUCUGCGCCCGCCGCCGCCGCUGCCGAGGAGCUCGGCGGCGCUGGGCCGCCCGCGGCCAUGGCCCAUCAGACCGGCAUUCACGCCACUCCUGAGUUGAAGGACUUCUUUGCUAAGGCUCGAAAUGGAUCUGUUAGGCUGAUCAAAGUCGUCAUCGAGGAUGAACAGCUCGUGCUGGGUGCCUUCAGGGAGCCAGCCCAGGGAUGGGAACAGGACUACGAUGCUGCCGUCUUGCCUCUGCUGGAUGAGGGCCAGCCCUGCUAUAUCCUGUACCGACUAGACUCCCACAAUGCUCAGGGCUUCCAGUGGAUCUUCCUCGCCUGGUCCCCCGACAGCUCUCCGGUUCGACUGAAGAUGCUUUAUGCAGCUACGAGAGCAACGGUGAAGAAGGAGUUUGGUGGGGGCCACAUCAAGGAUGAACUCUUCGGGACUGUGAAGGACGACCUCUCCUUCAGUGGCUACCAGAAGCACGUUUCAUCCUGCGCUGCCCCAGCCCCGCUGACCAUGGCAGAGAGGGAGCUCCAGCAGAUUCGGAUCAACGAGGUGAAGACAGAGAUCAGUGUGGAGAGCAAGCACCAGACCCUGCAAGGUCUCGCCUUCCCGCUGCAGCCGGAGGCCCAACAAGCCAUUCUGCUGCUAAAACAGAAGAAAAUCAACUACAUCCAGCUGAAACUGGACCUGGAACGAGAAACCAUCGAGCUGGUGCACACGAACCCCACGGAGGUGGCGGACCUGCCCAAGAGAGUGCCCCAAGACUCCGCCCGCUACCACUUCUUCCUCUACAAGCACUCCCACGAGGGCGACUACCUGGAAUCUGUGGUGUUCAUCUACUCCAUGCCCGGCUACAAGUGUAGUAUCAAGGAGCGGAUGCUCUACUCCAGCUGCAAGAGCCGCCUGCUGGACUCGGUGGAGCAGGACUUCCAGCUGGAGAUCACUAAGAAGAUGGAGAUCGACGACGGGGCGGAGCUGACGGCCGAGUUCCUCUACGACGAAGUCCACCCCAAACAGCACGCCUUCAAGCAGGCCUUUGCCAAGCCCAAGGGCCCGCUGGGCAAGAGGGGCCAGAAGCGGCUCAUCCGGGGGCCCGGAGAGAACGGGGAUGAGAGCUAGGCGGGGUCGGGCCGUCCCUGACCUCUGCCGCAGACCGAGCCCCGGGGGACCCCGCGCCAGCCCUGGACCGCCGGGCCCGGCCUCCGCCCCUGCCCUUCCCCCAGGAGUUACGUGUGCUUCUCUCUCCUUUCCUCCCUUCCCCUUUUCUCUGGCUCCUCCCGGGCAGCCCUGAGGGAGGCGAGCGAACCCGGCGGUCUCCCCUCACCCCCUGCCUGCCCGCAUUUCCCUCCUUGCCGCCCGGCUCUGCGUGCUCGGGCCCUCCCUCCGCCCCGGUUGCUCCGCCCGCUGCGUUGGGCCGAACACCCGCUGUGGGGCCGCUGCGGCUCCAUGCCUUACUCCGCACUCCGGCCGGCCCGGCCUCUGUGUGCUGUUUCUGAGGCGGGGGCCACACAGCCGGAGGCCCCCCAGGGGUUAGGGAGGAGCCGGGGGGAGGGACGGCUCUGAGGGGGGAGGGGGCGGAGCCGCAGCAGCAGCAGAGGACUCCAGCUGGGCCCUGAGCCCCUCUGCCUUCCGAGGACCGCCCCCGCCCCCACCCGGAUGGCAAGUGAGCGCCGGGUGCGAGAGUGGACGUCAACCCCUGGAGGUUCGGGGCUCACCUGGGCCGGGGGACGGGCUGGGGGACUGGGGGAGUGCAGGACUUACUGGACUGAAUGCUGUAUUUUCUAAGGAAUUAAAGUAUUUUUAAAUCAA